AUGGACGCGUCCUUGUCGUCCCGGCUCCUGAUGGAGCUCCUCCCCCCGCACGUAGCCACCUUUGCGCAGCAGCACCUGCUCAACCCCCGGGCCCCUUUCCAAAUAUACAGCCAAAAAGCCGUUUCGCAGCUCCACGUCUUUCUCGCUUCCCUGGUGCCCCAUGUGCAACCUCUCCUGGACCGGGUCGCCGCCGCCAUGGUGGAAAAUCAGGGAGUCACGGGCUUCGUCACGCUCGUGCUGCUCAUGACGGCCGUGGUGGUGGUGAUGAACUGGAUACGCCGGCUGGUCCUCUGGUGGACGCGCCUGGUCAUGCGCGUCGUGUUCUGGACCGUCGUGGCUGCGGUGCUCGCGUGGGUGUGGAACAGAGGCGUCAUGGAGAGCGCCAGGGACGCCGUGGUCCUGGGAGCCAAGGUCGUGGGAUACUUGGCGGUCCUGAAGGACUUUUGGAUGGCCGAGUACAAGAGAUACGAGGCGAGCGGCAGCGCGGGGGGGCGGCCAAGCGAUGGCGGGUUUGGGAGCCCUCGGGGCAGGAGUUCCGGACGAUGA